UCUCUCUCUUUUGUCAUCUACCACACUGCUGGGGUAUUCUUUUUGAUAUCGGGUGCAUCGAACCUUUCAAAGGAUCUCCCUUGACCACCAGUUCAACAACAACAAGAACAGAAAAAGGAAUAAAAGCUGCCUAGGAAUAAUAAUAAUACAAACACAACAGAGUAAACUUGGGAAUUGUACACUCUGUUAGCUAACGUAAUCGAUGUCGUCACGUUAUUCGAGAUCUUUAGAUCAUCGUGUUCAUUGUAACAACUCCAUGCCUUCUUCUGAUAACUGUAACUCAUUGAGAUCUUGUUGUUGUCAUAGUUACGAGUAUCGGGAACCGCGUGAAAUCAGUUGUCGCGGUAAAUCGAAUAUAAUAAGGAAUAAUGUGAUAAUAAAAAAGAAAGAAGAAGAAGAUUUUAGCAUCGUAGGAAGAAAUUUAAGGACAACAACAACAACAACAAGAAUAAGUUUGCUAUUCGCAAGAACGGUGUUGGCAUGGCGCCGAGAAUUAGCAACGAGAAUGAUCUCGUUUAUUUCAUUGAACAACUGACGUUGUUGUCAUCGUCAUCAUCAUCGUCAUCGUCAUCAUCAUCGUCGUCGUUGUUGUUAUUAUCCUUCGCGAGAUCGACGACUCCUCCUUAUCGUCGUUGCGUUCAACGAUAGGUCGGUCGAGCAUGUCGAGUUACCAUCGUGUGCUGCCUCCUUUCUAUCGAUCGUUUGUUCGUUAAAUUAUUAAACAACACGCAUGCACACACACAUAUACACAUACAUAUAUUACAUACUUAUAUACAUGUCGUCGUCGUUUACGAAGAAACAUAUGAGAAAAAGUCUGAUUUCGCAACAACAACAACAUAAAUAACAGCAGCAACAACAACAUCAAGAAGAAGAAGAAGAAAAAGAAGAAGAGCAAUAGACACGACUUUAAAUACCUAACCCCAAGUGAUAGAAAAUCCAAGAGCCAAAAGGGUUACGGAACGUGUCAGACUGACAUCGAGACAUUAAGGGGAAACUGUCGUCGCGAAAAACUUUAAGUAUUCACGGACUAGAGCGCUAGGUCGACCGUGAAAACCAUCGUGCCGCUUUAAAAUCGUCGUAGUCAAGACCGAUCGGAGUGUUUGUUUGUUUUUUGUUUUUGAUAUCACGACAAGUAACGAUAAAAUUUUCACAGAAACAACAAUUAAAAGUAUUCAGAAAUAUUUCAUUUCUAUUAAACUGAGAAACAGAAGAAGAAACAAACAAGUCAAAGCAAAACAAGUAGACAAAAAUUAUAAAUAAAAGAAGAAACAAAUAAAUAAGAAACAUGGCAGAGAGUGCGGCUAGUCCAGGUAGCGUGCAGGUAGCUGCCAAUAGUCCGCAGCAACAGCAGCAACAACAACAACAACAACAGCAAACCCAGCAAACCCAGCAACCACCGGAUAUAAGCAGUUCGCAGUUAGCCUCACCACCGAUCACGGGAACAGCCCAGAUCGAGAUAAUCCCGUGCAAGGUGUGCGGCGACAAAAGCAGCGGAGUUCAUUACGGUGUGAUCACCUGCGAGGGUUGCAAAGGUUUCUUCAGGCGGUCCCAAUCAUCUGUAGUCAACUACCAAUGUCCGCGGAACAAAAACUGCGUGGUCGACCGUGUAAACAGAAACCGGUGCCAGUAUUGUCGUUUGCAAAAGUGCCUACGCCUCGGCAUGUCCAGAGAUGCCGUUAAAUUUGGGCGUAUGUCAAAGAAACAGAGGGAGAAGGUCGAGGAUGAGGUCAGGUUUCAUAGGGCACAAAUGAGAGCGGCCUCUGAAACGGCUCCCGAUAGCAGUGUGUUCGAGCAUCAAACGCCCAGCAGUUCGGAUCAGCAUCUCCCUUACAACGGCGGAUCCGGCACAGAUAAGCGAGUUACUCUCAAAGACGAUAGCAGAUGCACAUGCGAGAACGUGUCUGGUGUCGACUGAACAAAUACAGGAGUCAUUCCGGAAACCUCACGACAUAUCCAGAUUGCUCUAUUACAAAAACAUGGCGCACGAACAAUUAUGGCUCGAAUGCGCGCAAAAAUUAACCACUGUUAUCCAGCAGAUCAUCGAAUUCGCUAAGAUGGUACCUGGAUUUAUGAAACUCUCCCAGGACGAUCAAAUUGUUUUACUCAAGGCCGGUUCCUUCGAGUUGGCUGUGCUACGAAUGAGCAGGUACCUCGACCUCACGCAAAAUUGCGUCCUGUACGGUGACACCAUGUUACCCCAAGAUGCAUUCUAUACGACGGACACGGCGGAAAUGAAGUUGGUUUCCUGCGUUUUCGAACUUGCUAGAAGCGUUGCCGAAUUGAAGUUAACCGAAACGGAGUUGGCGCUUUACAGCGCUGCUGUAUUACUCAGUCCUGAUCGGCCAGGAUUGAAGGGAUUGGCGGAAAUAACGAGGCUUUAUCAAGCAGUGAUAAGGGCACUUAGGUCGGAGUUGGACCGGAAUCACGUGUCACCGAUAAAAGGGGACGUAACCGUGUGCGAUGCUAUAUUAGCUAAGAUACCCCAACUGCGUGAGAUUUCUCUUUUACACAUGGACGCCCUGGCAAAGUUCAAACGGUCGCAACCGCACCUAGAGUUUCCGGCCCUUCACAAAGAGCUUUUCAGCGUCGACAGCUGAACGAUCGACGCGACGCAGGGCGUCCCGACGCUGACAAACAAAGCGGAACGCGAAUAAAGCUCGGGGCCUUGCUCCGUCGAGGUGAGUUCCGAGCUGGUACUCGAACCAAACAAACAAAAUUAAACAAAAAAAG